AUGGAGAACACUGCGGAGAAACCAAGCGGCAACAAGGCCCCCAGCACCAAGAACACGGCUCAGCUCUCCAAGAUCCCACGUCAUAUGCUCUCCACGGUUCCACAUCAAAUCAUCACUCAACAAGCGGAGAACACCACUGCAACUUGGCCUGUCAUCCCCACUACAUUAAGGAGUAAGAGGAGGAACUACAACAGGCAAAUGCGGAGAACACUGCGGAGAACACUAGGAGAAACUGCGGAGAAACCAAGCGACAACAAGGCCACCAUCGUCAAGAACACGGCUCAGCUCUCCAAGAUCCCACGUCACAUCAGUUAUCCACUCAGUCAGCCACUCAGCUAG